GUUAGUUCCCCAGCCCUCCUCUUCCUCCUGCUCCUCCUCCUCCAGGCUCCGCCGCACAUGCUCAGAGCUCCACGCCGCGCUCCGCGUCUCCUGAGCGGCCUGUGCUCUCCUGCGCUCCCGCCAGCACAGAUGAUCUCAUGGAGCUCGAGUCUCGUUUGCGUCUGACUCCACCAUGCACUUUAGGAUUUUAAUAAGAUGUAUGCGUGUUUUGAGAUAAUCAUUUUGCUUCUCUCCUGCAACUUCUGCGCCCUCGUCUACACUCAGGAUCCGUCCUGCUGCCAUCAUGCUGCAGAGCUCUUUCCUCAGUGCAAAUUAGCCUGUGAACAGCUCGUGACCAUCAGGAGUGAAUCGCAUCUGAAGCACCUCCUCCUGCGUUUGCCCAGUUACUGCCCCGAGUCUCUGAGUGAACUUUGGGUCUGCAUCAACAACACGUUGCCGGGGGCAUCAAAGAAGUCUGACGGAUGGGUGGGUUUGGGCUGCUGUGAGCUGGCCAUCUCCGCUGAAUGCCGCAGGGACUGCAAGCAGGCAUCAUCUAAAAAUGACAUCACUAAAGUAUGCAAGAAAGACACCGAGAAACCACUCUACAGCUGUAUCACCAAAAAUGAAAUGGGCUCAGUAUGCUGCAGUUAUGCAGGGAGACACACAAACUGCCGUGAAUACUGUCAGGCCAUCUUCCGCACAGACUCGUCGCCGAACGUAUCCCAGAUCAACGCGGUCAAAGAGUACUGCCAGAGCAUCAGUCCUCAGCUCAUCGGCUGCGUGGCCAACUACACCAAAUCCUACCCCAUCCGCAGCCCCCUCGACAGUCUGUACUGCUGUGACCGGGCGGAGGAGGCUCACUGUCAGACGGCCUGUAAGCGUAUUCUCCGCACCAUGAGCACCGAGCAGGAGAUCAUGGACGGUCUGAUCAGUGAGUGUGGCAGUCAGCCGCUCCCUCAGGACCCGCUGUGGCAGUGCUUCUUGGGUAGUGCACACCCGCCCACCAUAAGUGACCCCGAAACACCCCCGAUCGCCAAGAUGGACUACGCCAAACUGCACUGCUGCUUUAAGGCCAACACAUCCAGCUGCAGGAACAUGUGCUUGGAGAUCAGCACCAACUGGGGCACUCAGACGUGGCAGGAGUUCGACCAGCAUUGUGAAUAUAACCCGGCUGAGAUGGACCUCAUCACCUGCUUGGCCGACGUCAGGGAGCCAUGCCAGUUAGGCUGCAAAGACCUCAGCUACUGCACCAACUUCAACAACAGGCCAACGGAGCUGUUUCGCAGCUGUAACGUUCAGUCAGACCAGGGUGCCAUGAACGACUUCAGACUCUGGUCCAACGGAAGCAUCAAGAUGCCCUUCAUGAACAUCCCAGUGCUGGACAUCAGGAGGUGUCAGCCGGACAUGUGGAAGGCCGUGGCCUGUGCGCUGCAGAUCAAACCCUGCUACAGCAAGUCCAGAGGAAGCGUCAUCUGCAGGUCAGACUGUGUGGAUAUCCUGACCCAGUGUGGCGAUGGCAAGCGCUUCCUGGAGGGCCAGACGCCCGAGCGCAUCUGUGACCUGCUGUCUCCCACAGACGACCCGGAGCGCUGCAUCCCUCUCCACAGAUACCUCACUCCCAGUCCCUUCGAGAACACCGUUGAAGAAGUCAUCCACCCCUGCAACCCCAGCCCCUGUCCCAGCAGUCACCUGUGUCAAGUCAACAGGAAGGGCUGCCACCCCGGACACGACUGCCUGCCCUACUUCUGCGUUCCUGGCUGUAAGCUGGGGGAAGCGUCGGAGUUCCUGGUGCCGGUGGACGGCCGGAUCCAGGUGCCCAUCAGGAGCGGUCAGGUGGGCUGUUUCGAGGUGUGCACCUGCGGUCAGAGCGGCCGUCUGGAGAACUGCGCUGAAAUGCCCUGCUUCGACACCAGCAAGACCUGCCUCACGGGAGGACAGCGCCAGAGUCACGGCGUGUCGUUCCGGGUCGACUGUCAGCGCUGCUCCUGCUUCGCCGGUGAGAGCAUCUGCUCGUCUCGUCAGUGUGUGCGCUCCGACGGCUCCGACGAGGACAGACGGCUCUUCACAGGGCUUCCCUGUGGCUGUGCUGAUCAUUUCGUGCCAGUUUGUGCUCGCAACGGACGCACAUAUCCCAGCGCCUGUGUGGCGCGCUGCGUCGGCUUCAAGGACAACCAGUUUGUGUUCGGCUCCUGCAAGCAUCGACAACCCCUGCCAGAGGAGCCAGAGCGGAGCAAGAGCCUGGCCUACAUGGGACACUGUCAGGAUGCCUGCAGGUGGCCCAGAGAGGUGUAGAAUGUCAUAAAGCUCUUGGGAGACCUGACAGUCACGGUGUGUGAAGUGUUCUGUUGUGACCGUGUGGCUGUGUGACUAUCAGGUGAGAAUGUCAUAAAGGUCGGCGUCAUGUCAGAGUUCACGUCAGACUCGGGCUGCAAUGCUGUUCCCUGCCCUCCGCUCUCCAGCCGCGCCUGCAACCCCGUCACACCCCCCGGUGCCUGCUGUCCGGUGUGUGCGGGAAUGCUGCAGAUCCUCUGGAAUAAAGCACAGAUGAACAGCUUCGCUAAGCUGAACCGGAAUCAGCCGGUGACGGUUCAUGACGUCCUGAAGAUCUUGCGUCUGCACAUCUCUGUUCCUCAGUGUGAUAUCUUCGGCUAUCUGAGCAUCGACUCUGAGCUCAUCUUCCUCAUCGUUCCUGUUGAUCAGCAGCCCACGCCGCUGCAGAUCGAAGCCUGCAGUAAAGAGGCAGAGAAGAUCGACUCUCUCAUUAACUCGGCCAGCCCAACGCUGGGGGCCCACGUGCCUCUGGCGGCCUUCCUUCACUCCGAGGUCAAGCUGUCCACCAUCAGCUCGGCCGCGCUGACCCCGCUCUCCCUCUCCCUCUGUGUCUUCUCCUCCUCGCUCCUCCUGUCUCUGACCUCAGGAGACCUCUGACCUCUGACCUCCACCCACGAGGACAAUCAUACUCCAGGCUGUUCUCUCAGUAUUAAAGACUUCCUGAAGGAAACGGAGCUGUGGUCUCGCGAGACACUUUUGUACCUUUGUAAAAACAGCCUGUUGUUUUGUUUUUUUAAGUAUGAUAUAUUGUUUGAAAUAUUUUAUUGUUCCUCUAAUUUCAAAAAUUACAAAAACGAGGAACCCAGCCAUGUAAACAAAUAUGACAAUCGUACUGCUCAUCCGUGAAGUGGUAAACACAAUAUGCCUUGCUUAUAAAUGUAUAAAUAUAUAUAUAUAUAUCUAUAUAAAUGUAUGUGUAUAGAUUUUUUUUUUUUUUUAAUAUGAUGAAGUAUUGCAAAAACAAACCUUUAUGUUGAAAAGAGAAUCAAAGUGUUCUAUUCUGAGAUGAUAACGUCACAAUGUGUCUGCAUGAUUGACAGGCCUGCCGUGUUUUGAGCGAGUGUGUGGAAGUGUUGAUCCUGACAGUAUUAUUUGGCUUUGGCAGCUGUGUAGCAUGAUGGGACUCCUGUCUCUGUGUCUCUGUGUGUAACACAUUACACAUGUAUAUUUUUAUAUGAUAAUAAUAAAUGUGAUCAUAUUGCGGAAGGAUUUAA